CGCGGCCGUUCGGGGCCGGCAGCCGGCGAGCAGCGGGGCCCGGGAUGGCGCGGAGCGGCCGGGCGCUCGGCAGGGCCCUGGUCGGCGGGCUGGGUGCUGCCGCCCCGCCGCCGCGCGCGGCCGCCCUCAGGCACUUGGCUUCUUGUGGUAUUCUGAUGACCAGAAUUUCUCCUUCGCAAGUACCUGUAAUGAACCAUACCUUUUCAAGAACCUUCUUCAACAUUGCUGCACCACUAGUAAAUAAAAGAAAAGAAUAUUCUGAAAGAAGAAUUAUAGGGUAUUCUAUGCAGGAAAUGUAUGAAGUUGUUGCCGUUGUGGAGAAUUACAAACUAUUUGUUCCUUGGUGUAAAAAGUCAGAUGUAUUAUCGAAGCGCUCUGGAUACUGCAAAGCACAGCUAGAAAUAGGAUUCCCUCCCGUAGUAGAGAGGUAUACAUCAGUUGUUACCCUAGUGAGACCGCAUUUAGUUAAGGCAUCCUGCACAGAUGGAAAACUAUUUAAUCACUUGGAAACAGUUUGGCGUUUCAGCCCAGGUAUCCCUGGCUAUCCAAGGACAUGUACACUGGAUUUUUCAGUUUCUUUUGAAUUUCGUUCACUUCUACACUCAAAACUUGCUACGCUGUUUUUUGAUGAAGUGGUAAAGCAGAUGGUAGCUGCUUUUGAAAGAAGAGCAUCAAAACUCCAUGGCCCAGAAACAAGCAUACCUCGGGAGCUAAUGCUUCAUGAAGUUCAUCACACCUAAAAGGGAAAAUUGUAACAACCUCCAUUAUAAACUGGUUUGUACACUUUAUUUGUACAAGAGGUGCCAUGCUCCUCCUUUGGGGCAUCUAUUUCAUAGCUGAGCUUUGUGUGUGAUUUAUACUGUACAGAACACACCUGUUCAGCCAGAUGUACAUAGAACCUUCAAGCUGCAAUCAAGUGCAACUUAAAGUGUUAUCAGUAACAGACAGUUGACAGCUACUGUAACACGAGAUGUCUCAGGCUGCUGCCGUUUCUUAACUUGCCAGAUGGUUUGUGUAGUCACAGUCUAAGUUCUACCCUAUCCAAGCUUAGGGUUUUUUUCAGCAUUGUAACAUAUUAACUCAAGUUUAAGUUAUUAAUAGUGUGAAUGUAACUUAACAGCAUCAAUUCAGCCACCUGCGGCCAAGGGAAGGGAGGACAUUCUGCCUUUGCUGAGUAUGAACAGUUCCUCAAGCAUCGAGUAGCAGGUGCCUUUAAUCCAAGCGAAUGACAAGGGUCCGUCAGGAGUCACCAGCUGCUGUUGAAUUCUGACUGGCAACUGCAAUAGAAAAAAGAACACAGCCUGAACGCUUGCAUUUGCAGCUGUUAAAGGCGGGGGUUACACCUGAUGUAAGCAGCCGUACGAUUUGAGUGCAGCAGUUUCGGCUACAGCCGCUGGUUGGCGGCUGCCCGGGUGCUGGCCCGGUGCCGGCGGUGCCUUGGGCGCGCUUCUGCUGCCCCCCACCGCGGGGAGGCUGGGGUGGGUGGGUGCAGCUCAGAGAAUGCAGACGGGUCCUCGUUCCACCACAGCUUUAAGCCAAGCGUUACCUCUUUGAGAACUAGGGCGCGGGUGCACAACCUUCCGUACCACAGCACUGCCCUUCCAGGAGGGAGGGCACAAAUUCUUCUGCUUUCCACAGACGUGCACGCCUGACGCUAGCUGCCAUUCAAAAACACACAAUGGAGAGCUAAACUUUAGCUCUUUGGGUUUUUUUCCCAGUACUGUACUACUGUUUACUUACUCCAUUACAACACUGCCAGCUGCCUUAAUUUUCAGUAGUUCUAUGCUGGACAUUCUAGUCUCUAAAAAAGCGUAAGUGAAGAGGUUUGAAGAGAUUUUCACUCCCAUCUAUAAGCUGCCUUGCAUUACCAGAUUUCCUCACUGAAAUUAGGUGAAGCUUCAGAUCAGGUGUUGAAGCUGAGCCUUUCUCCAAAGUGCCUGCAAUCCACCUGGUUCCUACAGAAGUGUGCAUUAAAUAGUAUAGAAAGGUGUAGUUCUAGGCAAUGCCUACCCUGGAGCAGUUUCAGACCAUUCAGAUGCUUUUCCAGAAAGAGCAAUUGGACUUUCACAGAUCCUGUCUGUAAAAGAUAGAAAGGUGGGGAAAGUGGCAGCUGGAUCAAGAGGUCAGUUUUAAAUCCGUUUCUUAUGUUGAGACAAUCAGAGAAACAUACACAAGUUUGGGAACAGAGUUGUUUUGAAGUUUGGAAAGCAGAGUUGAACAGCAUGCAGGAAAGACUACACAAUUAACUAGGUCAGGUCAAAGAACAAAGUAGGUGGCAAAUGACGCUGUCCUUUUGAAGGGUAAAGCAUCUUGUACAAAAUAAUUCAAGCUCAAUCCUUGAGCCCACUACCAGCAAGCCAGAAGCCAAGACUGGAAGGCUCAGUGCACACCCGGGCAAGGGGGGUAUUUAAACCCCCACCCCCCCUUUCUCAGCACAAGGGGGGGCGCCUGUGCCAGAGCCAGCGGGCACCCUCCCUCCCAGCACACUGCAAGGUGCACCUGAACCCAGCAGUACAGACAGGGCAAAAUAAAGUCAGUGCACAGGCCUUAGUUUCAUAGCAUUGUUUAAUAUUUCAGAGAACUGAACACUCAGUUCAGCUUAGAUAGUUCUUGGAAAAUUUCAAGUCACUUGUAUUUUUGAGAAACAUUCUAGACAAAGGAAUGUUUCCUGGAGGGCAAGGCCCUGUCUUUUCCAAGCUUAAGUGUCAGAUUUCUAGCAAGUCUCAGAAGCAGCAGCAAGCUGUCAAGGUUCUCCCAGGGCUAGGGCUAUGUGUGCAGAUGAAGAAGGUGAUACAUUUCAUCACUUUUGAGCAGUUUGUUUUAUUACAUAAAGGUCACAGAACUGUAUAUUUGCCUACUUUGUACACAAUUGUUUAGUUUCACGCACAGUGGCUUCCAAGUUCUUCCUAGUACUGGCAAGCACCAAUAAAUUCUGUAACAGAAUAUCAAGUGCCUUAAGUUUAAAUCAGAACCUUGGUAGAUGGAUCUUGCACCCAGUUAUCAGGAAUGUACAAAUGUCUUUAUUCAAAAAAUACAAAAUAAAUUAUCUGUAGGCAUGGA